AUGCGUGACGAGGUCGACACCGUAUUCCCUCUUGAGUUCCCGGAGAGCAAAGAUUGGCACGCCAUUCAAGUCUACCCUAAAAUUCUACGUCUCGUCAGUCGCGUCAACGGAAGGAUCUUCGUCGGAAACCCACUGCACCAGAAGGAAGAAUGGAUCAACAUAAGCUGCAAUGCAAGUCCCCUCUCCCGCCUCCAUUAUACGAAGAACGUUUUUCUUUCCUCCGCCAAGCUCCGAUUCUUCCACCCUUGGCUCCGCCCUCUUGUUCAGUUCUUCAUCCCCGAGCUACGAACCGUAUGGCAAUGUAACAGCAAAGCCCAAGAGUUGUUGUCUCCGAUAUUACGAGAGCGACAGGUCAACGAGAACGAAACAGGCUACAAGAAACCAAAUGAUUCGAUCGAGUGGCUAAGAGACCUGGUUCCGGAACCGGACCGGAAUGACCCGCUCUUCCAUGCCAUCUCGCAGUUGGGUAUUGGUGCGGUGUCGGUGAACACGACAACACAACUGUUGACAAACUCUCUGUUCAAUUUGGCCACGUAUCCUGAGUAUGUGAGCAUUCUCCAGGAAGAAAUAGAUGCCGUAGGAAGCGAAAAUGGAGGGCAGUUUACACUGGAAAGUAUGGGGAAGUUGAAGAAGUUGGAUAGUUUCAUUAAGGAGACGUUGCGGUUUGAUGGCCAUCUGACAGCAACCUUUCAACGAAAGGCACUCCGUCCCAUCACCCUCUCGGAUGGCACCUCCAUCGCACCCGGCACAUUCACGCUGGCGCCAGCCAACGCCGUCAACUUCGACAACGCUAUUUACCCUAAUGCCGACACAUUCGAUGGCUUGCGUUUCUACAAGCUCCGUCAGAGCUCAGUCGAUGAGGAAAACAAGCACCAGUUGACGUCAAUUACCAAGACACAACUGCAAUUUGGGAGUGGGCGACAUGCGUGUCCAGGGCGAUGGUUUGCCAGUCAUCAAAUCAAAUUGGUCUUGGUAAAGGUCAUUGAUGGGUUUGAGUUGAGGUUGAAAGGGGACCAGAGGCCCAAGGGAUUACUGUUUCAAACUAAUCAGCUACCUGAUCCGAAGGCGGAGAUUCUGUUUCGUGCGAAGUGA